CUCAUGGUACCAAGUGGCGUGUCCCCCCUGUGAGAUACAAGCCUGCCAACCUCCUGAGAAGAUGUCAGGGAUGCAGGCCGUUUGGCCAUCCGGUACAGAAUGUAUCGCCAAGUACAACUUCCAUGGUACCGCUGAGCAGGACCUGCCCUUCAGCAAAGGAGACGUCCUUACCAUUGUCGCUGUCACCAAGGACCCCAACUGGUACAAGGCAAAGAACAAGGUGGGCCGGGAGGGCAUCAUCCCUGCUAACUACGUGCAGAAGCGGGAAGGAGUGAAAGCUGGCAUCAAGCUCAGCCUCAUGCCGUGGUUUCACGGGAAGAUCACACGGGAGCAGGCGGAGAGGCUGCUGUACCCACCCGAGACAGGGCUUUUCCUGGUGCGGGAGAGCACCAACUACCCCGGGGACUACACGCUGUGCGUCAGCUGCGAGGGGAAGGUGGAGCACUAUCGCAUUAUCUACUCCUCCAGCAAGCUGAGCAUCGACGAGGAGGUCUACUUCGAAAACCUCAUGCAGCUGGUGGAGUUUACCAUCCCCGUCCCCACAGGUGGCUGGGCCCUCAACAUGAAGGACCUCAAGUUGUUGCAGAUCAUUGGCAAAGGGGAAUUUGGAGACGUGAUGCUGGGGGAUUACCGGGGCAACAAAGUCGCCGUGAAGUGCAUUAAAAACGAUGCCACAGCGCAAGCCUUUCUGGCAGAGGCGUCCGUGAUGACGCAGCUCCGACACAGCAACCUGGUGCAGCUCCUGGGGGUGAUCGUGGAGGAGAAGAGUGGCCUUUACAUCGUCACUGAGUACAUGGCCAAGGGCAGCCUAGUAGACUACCUGCGGUCGCGUGGGCGGUCGGUCCUGGGCGCAGACUGCUUGCUGAAGUUCUCCCUAGAUGUCUGUGAAGCCAUGGAGUACCUGGAAGCCAACAACUUUGUCCACCGGGACUUGGCAGCGAGGAACGUCCUGGUCUCCGAGGACAACAUCGCCAAGGUCAGCGAUUUCGGGCUGACCAAGGAAGCCUCCUCCACGCAGGACACGGGGAAGCUGCCGGUGAAGUGGACGGCACCAGAAGCACUUAGAGAAAAGAAAUUCUCCACCAAGUCAGACGUGUGGAGCUUUGGGAUCCUCCUCUGGGAAAUCUACUCCUUCGGGCGAGUGCCUUAUCCGAGAAUCGUAAGUGAGGACCACCCCUUCCCCUUGCUUCUGGGCUGUUUUUUUGGGGGUAGGGACCCCAUGCCCCCCCCGCCGCAUACUGCAACCCAGAGGUGCUGGACCCUGGACCCCGGCCACCGGCCGUCCUUCCACCAGCUCCGCGAACAGCUAGUGCAUAUCAAAGAGAAGGAGCUCUACCUGUGAGGGGGGGGCUCACCCACCCCAGCAACCGGAGGGGACCCACGCUGUGGGGGGGGAAUGACUGGGGCGUGGACAGCCCCCUUGCCCGGCCCCGGCACCAGGAGCGGCCAGGAGGGAGCCCUGGGGGUGUUUCCCCUCUCGCCCUCCCCCCCCAAUUCUCCUGGUCGCUUCCAAACUUCCAAAUCUUUUUUUUUUUAUUUGGUCAGGUUUUGGGGUUUUAUUUGUCUCCCAGGCU